GCCAGUAAAGCUGGAACGUCCCCAUAUGAGGAUGUAAGGGCUGUAUGAUACUAUUUUACAAAUAUAUUCUUUCUUUAAAAAUAAUUUGUCCAACCCUUUUUAUUACAGUUGUGUCAUAUACAUAGUUCGCAAACAUGAAGCAUUAAUCAUACAACACAUGGAGAAAUAAUCAUACAACAAUUCGAAUGGAAUUUAAAAUUUACACCGUUCCAUUUGCUACCUACCCAAGGGUACAGUAUGCAUUCAAACACUUGGAACCACUUGUAAGUAGGUAUGAUCAUCUUAGCAAUGAGAUACAACUAGGAAAAUGGAUUACUACCCCAAUUGAGACCCAUUUCAAGGAUCGCAUCAACAAAAAGACGUUCCAGCUAUGUCUACAAUCCUUGGAAGGUGAUCGAGAUAUUGAUAUCAGAAAUGUAACAAAGCAAGACGAUGUACCUGAUUGCAUUACAGAAAAAUGCGCUAAUGUUAAAGACCUUGCACGCAAAAGAUGUCUCCAAAAAUCUUUUGUUAUAAUUGUUGCUUCUGAUAUCAAUGAGGAUGUCUUACCUGAGGGCAAGUACGUGAAGCUUAUCUACUUGAGAGGCAGAGAUAAUGCAGAUGGGAACCAAAAAGCCACCAAAGGAAUGCAGAUUGUCCCCAAAGAACAAGUUUACAAAACAGUCAUGGAAUUGAUGGAAUCAAAUUUAUACAAAGCGUUAGGAAUGAAAAGUAGAUGUGAAUGCCUGUUGCAUAUAUUGGACGCCAUAUUUCAUGUCGAUAACUAUAAACAGAAAGUGUCAUCCCUACAACGUUCGAAGUCAGAAGACAACAUGAUAUGCAGAACGGAUGAAUCAACCAACGACCUUAUUCUAGAGCGAUCUAAAUCAUAUAUGGAGAAGAAUCAUUCUGAUCGUACUGAAAGAGGGAAACUAUAUACAUUAGUCAAGAAACUGUUAUUCAAAUCAAAACAGAAACAAAAGGAUGAGAAAGGAGACAUUUUGAAGCAGUUGAUGGUAACUCGUGAUCAGGGUUGUUUAUUUGAUGAAGAGCUGCCAGUAAUUCAGAAAAUAGAGCGCCUCUCUGAUGAAAUGAUUGGAAUGUUUAGCCGAAGUUCUAUUCCAGAAAAUGAAAAGCCACAACUGGGACGGCUUCAGGACCAUAUCAGCGCAAAGUUGAAAAAAGAUCUUCAAAAGGAAAGUUCGUCCAUAAGAAGUUGCGGAUACCGCGGUUGCACGUUAGUUAUUUUUGUUGAUAAAGAUUGCGAUCCGCAUAAUUUAAAAAUUCGCCUUAAAACCCUUCUGCUGGAGGAACACAAUAUCGUUUCAUUUUCCGUUGAACCGUUAAAUAUCAAAGAAUUUUGUAAGGUGGGGGUCAAAAGCUGAAGCAAUAUUUGGUGAUGGC